AUGGCUACAGAAGCUAAUCCACUGGCGCCAUUUGCCAGGCUGGGCCCCUCAGUCUACAUUCAAGAUCCAGAAGCGAGCAACCAAGCAACUCGGCCAGUGAUACUCAUUGCAUUCUGGAUGAAUGCACCGCCACGUGCCAUGGCCAAAUAUGUGAUUGAAUACAGACGCCUGGUACCAUCAGCCCGAAUCAUUGUUGUCCGGAGCUCCUCAAAUGACUUCAUGUUUCGGUCGUCCCAAAGUCAGCGAGCCCGUAUGGUACCUGCCGUGGAAGCAAUGCGCAGUUUUGUGACCCCUGAGAACCCGGUCUACAUGCAGAUGUUCUCGAAUGGAGGCUUGUCCAAUACCACUCAUCUACUCCAAGCCUGGAAAGAAGCUACGGGAACACCGCUACCUAUCUCGGCAAUGGUUCUGGAUAGCGCACCGGGAAAGUCGAGCUUACGAUCUGGACUGAAGGCUUUCUCUUACGCGCUUCCGAAGAUGUGGAUCUUGCGCUUGCUGGGGAAAGCUAUGCUUUUUGCUUUUUUGGUUUUCUUUAAGCUGGUUCAUGUCUUCUCCAUUUCCCCGGAUCCGGUCUCCCUUGCUCGCAAGGUUAUCAAUGAUACUUCUUUGGUGCGGGCGGCUAACCCGGAGAAGGCUCUAGCUCGCUGCUACAUUUACUCUGAUGCUGAUGAGUUGGUUGACUGGCGGGACACGGAAUCUCAUGCUCUGAAGACGGAGGCUCAGGGCUGGGUGGUUCGUCGUGAACUCUUCAAGGGCUCUCCUCAUGUUGCGCAUAUGAAGGCUGACCCGGAUCGGUAUUGGGGUAUCGUCAAGGAUUAUUUGGGACCUUUGGUUUCGGUUUAA